ACUUGACGCCAAGGGGAUGUCUCAUGGCAGAGUGGGUUACAGCAAAGUCUUCAUCAUUGAACGUCUUCCGUGGACAUGCCCCUCUUGGACUCACUUUAUCUGACUCUUUAACGUCGAGGACACUUGGUCGUAGUCGAGUUCUUCCCUGUAUGAAAGUGUUUCUUCCAAGUUGGCUCCGUCCAGUGCGACCACACCCUCCCCGCUUCCUCGUCGGUCUUCAGCGGGAGCAGCACUUUGUAUGUGCGGGAAUAACGGACAGUUCUUCCGAACCCGAACACACUUCAAGACCGCCUGUCCUCGCUAGUGGACCACCCCGGAGGACCACCUAGCGGCAUGGAUACACAAAGUGAGAGGACACCGAGGCGACGCGAGCUACCCGGCGCCGUGGUCCCGCGUUAAGACUGCGAGGAGGAGGUGGACAUCCGGACGGUGCAAAUGGAGUCCAGCAGACCGGAGCUAGCUUGUAACUUGUGUGUGAACAACACCAGGUUGAAACUGGAUCGACGCGUGGAUGGACUUUAACCGUUUGGAUUGAUUUGACGUGAGCGGGAUUCAUGGAACGAUGGUGCCGGAGGGAGAGCCGCCCGGGUGGUGCCCGGUGUGUACCCAGCAUGAGUGUGCCAGGCCGGGGAAGCAGUUGGGCGAGGUGCCGCUCCACACCGUCAGCUCUGAUAAGAGUGGACAUAAAAUGAUAUCCUGUUGAGGACACUUCAAUACGGUAUCUGACAACGUUUUUAGACAUCUAAUUUGACUAAAUAACACAGAAGCAGAUUGAAUUCCAAGUGUUUGUUGUGCAAAAAAUAUAUCAUAGAAUCUUUGCCAUAUGGAAGGCAUUUAGUCCACACUGCAGUUUCGUUUGAAAUCCAACCUGUGACUACAGUGACACUUUGAAUUCAGGGCAUUUAGAGUUUGAUUUAUUAUUAAUGACUGAGGUAAAGCAUUCUGGGAAUAUGGCAGAUAAUCAUUUAGAUUUGGGUGAAAGUAACCCAACAAUGCCAUUUGACUAAUGCAGUUUUUUUGUUUUGUGUUUCAUCAACUUUUUCCUUUGUAAAUCCUGUGUCAGCAUAGAAUGUCCACUUCAUUUGCCGUACUUUGAAGGAAUCAAAGGAAGACUUUUAAUUUUAUAUUUUGGCCAGUGUUUCAAUUUUAAGUCCGUGAGUAGAGGCUAAUAUAGAAAUGUCUUAAACGGAACAAUGCAAUUUGGGGCAGCAGUAGAAACGUAACCUUAACAGAAGAGCAGCGUGACCACUCCCCCAUCAUGGCGAGCGGGGGUUCUGGCAAGUCGGCUGGCGAGGGAUCCACCGGCACCCCCGGUGGCAGUCUGCAGCAGAGGAAGCGUCUCUCGUCCGUCUGUGACGCGUGCAAGGCCAAGAUGCAGCUGGUGGCCGACCUCCUCCUGCUGUCCAGCGAGACCAGGCCGGUGAUGACUUCUGAGGGCGUGGCGUUGGCCGACACCUUCGACCAGUGCCGCGACACGGUCAUUGCACGGACCAAAGAGCUCUCGAUCCUCACACAUGACAUCCAGAGCCAGCUCAACAUGGGCAGAUUCACCGAGGUGGGGGACCGCCUGUCAGAGAUGGCCGAUUUGGUGGUUUCGUUGACCGAGUGCUCGGCCCACGCAGCGUAUCUGGCGGCGGUGGAGACCGCCGGCUCGCAGCCUUGCUCGCCAGGCCUCGUGGACCGCUACAAAGUGACUCGCUGUCGUCACGAGGUUGAACAAAGCUGCGGUGUCCUCCGAGCGACCUCCCUGCCGGAUCUCACCCCUCAGCUCCUCCUGGAGCUCUCCCAGAACAUCUCCACCAACCUCAAGACUCUGACAGACAUCUCGUCACUGGCCAGCGAGAGGUCCAGAGACCGCUUUGCCAAAGAGCAGUUCAAGCUGAGCGUCAAGAGCAUGAGCACCAGCGGCACCGCCUUCUUGGCGUGCGUGAAAGAGAUCAAGACUCAGCCAGGUGAGCUCACCAGGAACCGCUGUGUCCUUUUCAGCGCCGCUCUGGUCCACGCUGUCAAUGCUCUGGUCGGGUUCGCCACGGAGCCGCAGUUCCUGGGAAGAGCUGCGAGUAUCUCCACUGAAGGCAAGGGUGUACAAACUGCAGUGUUGGGGGGCGCCAUGAGCGUGGUUUCGGCGUGUGUCCUCCUCACCCAGGGACUCAGGGACGUCGCCCAGCACCCCGAGAGCAGCUCCAAAAUGGCCGACUACCGGGAGCGCCUGCGGAACUCUGCGUGCGCUAUAUCAGACGGCUGCACCCUGCUCACUCAGGCCCUCAGAGAGCGCUCCUCGCCGAGGACUCUGCCGCCAGUCAACUCUCAUUCUGUGAAUUAGUUCAGAGAGGAGACGACGAGGUCUCACUCUGUCCUGAAACCAAAGAGGCUCGGUUUAGCACUGCUAAAGGUCUGUCGUGUGUACCUGAAGUGUAGCGACAUGUCGAUGAGCACCUCUGUAGGGUUUUACGUCACGCUGGAUGUGACUUUAAUCCGAGACCACUUCCAUCGACCCGAUGUGAGCUCUUCACAAACUGACAGAACCUUCCAACCUGAAAAGUUUACCUCAGUUUUCAGCGCCGGUGAAAAAGCUGGCCUCAAUGUAGGGGUGGAUGUCUCCUUGCUGUGUGAAGCUACCAGGGACUAACCUGCUCCAGCAUCUUUUCAUUUGGUGUGUGAAGCCCUACUUGGUAAAAGCUGCUGUGCGUAUGUGCCAUUGAUUUUUUUUUUUUGUUCACACAUUAUUCGUCUCCACCUAGUACUUUUAAUGUGUUGUGACCAUGCAUUUAAUGGAGUAUUUAUUUCAACCAUUAAUAAAUGUUGUUUCUGACAAGCUGUUGUUUGGCUCUGUGCUACAACUAGUUGAAGGAUUCGAUGCGUUACAGAGGGUGUCCCUAAAGUCUAGACACGUAAUUACAUUGUUAAAAAUAUAUAUACAUUUUUUUUGGCAUGUUUUUGCAUA